CCGUGACGCCGCCCGGCACUGAUUUGCUGGGGCCGCCCGCCCGGCCCGGCCCAAACUGCGGGGAGCGCCGAGCCGCCCACAGCCCCGCCGGGCAGCACCGGACAGCGCCGGCAGCCCCGCGGGCGGCAGCGCGGACAGCACCGGACAGCGCCGGCAGGCUCCCCUUCCAGUGACAGCCACUGCUGGGCACCUCAGCGGAGAGAUGAACCCCACCGUCGGCAUCGCUGUCAUCCUGACAGUCCUCCAGGCUGCCCACUGCCAGAUGAUCAAGGACCUGAGUGCCUGCCUGCUGGGCCAGAGCCUCCGGGUGGACUGCCGCUAUGAGAACAAAACCAGCAACCCCCUGACCUACGAGUUCAGCAUCACCAAGGACAACAGGAAGCACGUCAUCCACAGCACCAUCAGCGUCUCGGAGAACAUCUACCGCAACCGAGCCAACGUCACCAUGCACAAGAACCUGGUGUGCCUCUACCUGCAGAGCUUCACCACCAGCGAUGAGGGCGUCUACAUGUGUGAGCUGAAGGCCACCAACGACUACACCGGGAACCAGAUAAAGAACAUCACCGUCAUCAAAGACAAACUGGAGAAGUGCGCCGGCUUCAGCCUCUUGAUCCAGAACACUUCGUGGCUCCUGCUCCUUCUCCUUUCCCUGCCUCUCCUGCAAGCCGUGGACUUCGUGUCCCUGUGAAAGGAAAAGCAGGCACACACACACACAUACACACACACGCACAUGCACGCACACACCGAGCACCCCAGCAAACCCGCCUCCCCUGCCAGAACGCAGCCCUUGGAAGGAGAAGCUGAACCAUUUGGAACCAGUGAAA